UCAGUCUUUUUGGACUCCUGAGGCUCCCCUCACAGGAUCUUUACUCCAUCCCUGCUUCACAGGAAUACUGAGGAGGUGUUUAUGCUCAAGGUCACUGCUGAUCAUGUCGGACAACGAAGAAGUGGUGGAGGAGUAUGAAGAGGAGGUGGAAGGUAAGAAAAGCCAUCAUCACUCAUGGAAAUGUUAUGUGUUGGCAAAACAAAGAUGAGCAGUUCAAAUAGAUGCUUCCACCAAAACAAUCCCUUGGACCUCAUACGGUAACAUGACACCACUGUAUGCUAUCGUGCAAAAUCCUGUACUGCAUGGCAGAGAUCAGUUUCAUGAAAAUGGGACUUUUUGCAAAAGAGGUACAAAGCUAUAAGUGCUGAUUGUUUUUGUUCCCCUGAAGCGGUUAGUGUGGUUGUUCGUAUUGAAUGACAAAUAAAAUUAUUUUGUUUUUAUCUUCAAAUUUUACAACUUUUUGGAAAUGCCACAUUCAUCAAGAAUCAUACUUAAUAAUUACUUUUAUAUUUGUGAAUGGUUGUCUAUAUGUGCCCUUUGACUGGCUAGUGAAAAUGGAUCGAUUGCACAGCCACAUAUUGAAAAUGCAUUGCAACUGUUACAUGUAGUGAAUCAAACUUCCUCAUGCAAGACAAAAUUGCAGGUGGUCCAUUAUGCAGGAUUCUGUUCUAUACUAUCAAUUUCAUAUUUUUCCAGAGGAAGAAGAAGAGGAGGUAGAGGAAGGGCAAGAAGACGAGGAAGAAUUGGAAGAAGAAGACAAACCCGCUGGCGAGGACGAAGAAGUAGCAGAGGAGGAAGAGGUGGAGACCGGCGAAGAAGCACCAGACGGUGAAGCCGAAGCAGAGGAAGAAGAAGAGGAAAGCAAACCAAAGUUCAAGCCGUUUAUGAUGCCCAACCUCAUCCCACCCAAGAUUCCAGAUGGAGAGAAAGUUGAUUUUGAUGACAUUCACCGCAAACGGAUGGAGAAGGACCUAAUGGAGCUUCAGACUUUGAUUGAGGUUCAUUUUGAGAGCAGGAAGAAGGAAGAAGAAGAGAUCGUUCAUCUUAAAGAGAGAAUAGAGAGGCGCCGUUCGGAGCGAGCAGAGCAGCAACGAAUCCGCAACGAACGAGAGAAGGAGCGACAGAAACGUCUUGAGGAGGAGCGCACUCGUAAAGAGGAGGAGGAGGCCAAGAAAAGAGCAGAGGAGGAUGCCAAGAAGAAGAAAACCCUGACCAGUCUGCACUUUGGUGGUUAUAUGCAGAAAUUGACAGAGAAGCGUAGCGGCAAAAAGCAGACCGAGAGGGAGAAGAAGAAGAAGAUUCUGAAUGAAAGACGGAAAUCUCUGGAUGUUGACAACUUGAACCAAGACCAACUAAAAGCCAAAGCUAAGGAGCUGUGGGAGUGGAUGCAACAGCUGGAAGCCGAGAAGUUUGAGCUGCAGUCCCAGAUCACCAGCAAAAAAUAUGAGAUCAACGUACUAAGGAACCGUGUCAGUGACCAGCAGAAAACAUCCAAGAGGACCAAGAGGGGCUUGAGGAAAUAAGAUGCCGAUUCUUGAUAAAUCCAUCUGGCAGCAACCAGGAUCAAAUCAAACUUUACACCCAACUUUAAUUUAAUAUGAAUGCAAUGCAAUAAUUGACCUUAUUACUAUUAACGAUAGCUCAAUUUUAACGGAUGUACUGUAAAUACAGAAUUUUAGCGAGAUCAGUGUUUUUUUUUUCCUCCUUGAAUCUAUGGCCAGUCAAGACUGCAUGAAACUGUAAAGUUUCCUUUGUAAACUUCUUAGAAAUUCCCAACAAGCCUGAAGGAAGGAAGAGCUGACUUUCUGAGAAACAGGCUCUGACAUGACUGGGACUGUUAACAUGCUCCUCAUUCUUACACUCAUAUGAUAAAUUCACAUGAUGAGACAGCAACACAAACCAGAAGUAGAAGAAAAUGCAAGGAUGUUGUCAUAAAACUGAACUUGAAGCAACGACUUGGUUGCAACUUGCGUUCUAGGACGCUUGAAUAAAAUAGAAUGGAUUACAAAACACUCCAGUUAAUUUCUUUUGUUGAAUAUUCUCUAACAAUAAAAUAAAGGAAUCAAGUAGAUGUGUUUUGUUGUUUUGUUAGUAAAAAAGAAAAGUAAAAUCAAAUCAGAAGAGAAUUUGAGACAAAACAGAUGGCUGAGGGAAAAAACGAUUCCACUGAACGAUUCACAACUACACUAGAUUAGACUGAGGCAGUGAUAUUUGAUUUGUAGUAUGUGAUAUCAUAAAGCAGUUUCGUCACAUAUGCAUAUACAGAUUUAGUGCAGGAUUGUUUACCGAAUGAGAAAGUGUACUUAUUCUGCACAUGAGUGACUACAAAUGCUGAUACACCCUUUGUCAAAAGUAUUGUGGCUCUUUAUCAUUCAACUUAGAAGUUAAAAGUCUCAAAACUUAUGACCAUGGGUUUUCAUCAUACUUUUGCAAUAAAUUCAAAAGAUGUCAGCGUGUCACAAUGACAAAAGCAGACAAAUUAAAACUAUUAGUAAAAACUUAAAGUCAUGAUUCUCUCCCUUCAUCUUGUGAGCCCAAGUCAUCUUUGAAGCCAUUUUUAACUUACUGUCACAAUGUCAUAUUAACAAACUGCAAUGUGCUUGCUAAAAACUUAUUUUUGGGUUUCUCAGUUUCAUGAUAAUCUGCAUAUGCACAAGAAACUAGACACUUGGUAUUUGUUGAUUUUGUGUGUGUGUGUGUGUCUUCUCCUAUAUCCAAAAUCAAUCAUAAGUGACGUUGGUAAUUAUGUUCUGAUGGCUUGGAUUAUUUUUAAUGGAUGGAUUGGGUACAAACAGAGAAUAAUUAUUGAAUACAAUUCAUUUUUUAAAUUUAUUAUUUAUUCAUAAAA